AUGGGAGUACAGACGGACGCCGCCUCAGUCAAGGAUGUCGAGAAGGAGCCCUUCCCCGACUACCAGAACAAGGAGGCCUCGAUCCAAGAGCCGCAGCUCAACGUCGGCGGCCAUGGCGGCACCCAGCGCCGGCUGCGUAACUACCAAGUGACCAUGAUCGGCUUCUCCAGCGGCAUCGGGACGGGCCUGUUCAUCGGAACCGGCUCAGCCUACGCCAAGGCCGGUCCGGCCGGCUUGCUGCUUGCUUACCUGGUGAUCGGCUCGGUGCUGUGGUGCGUGAUGCAGAGCAUUGGCGAAUUGGCGACAGUGAUUCCCACCGCCGGCUCCUUCCCCCACUGGGCGACCCGCUUCAUCGACCCGGCCGUCGGCUUCUCGCUGGCCAUUUCGUACGGCUACUGCUACACCAUCGCCAUCGCGUCCGAAUGCUCCGCCGCCGCCGUGCUGGUCUCGUUCUGGACCGACAUCUCGCCCGCCGUCGUCAUCACCAUCAGCCUGGUGCUCAUCCUGGCCCUGAACCUGAUGUCCGUCCGCAUCUACGGCGAGAGCGAGGUCGUCAGCGGCGCCAUCAAGGUGCUCUGCUUCCUCGGCCUGGUCAUCGUGUCCAUCGUCAUCACCUCCGGCGGCGGGCCGACGGGCGAGGCCAUCGGCUUCCGGUACUGGAACAACCCCGGGGCCUGGGUUGACUAUAAUGGUAUUACUGGCAGCACCGGGCACUUCCUGGGUUUCCUGUCGGCUUUCGUCAACGCGUCUUUCUCCUUUAUUGGUGUUGAGACUGUUGUCAUUGGUGCUGCUGAGUCCAUGGACCCGCACCGCGCGAUUCCGAAGGCGACUAGCCGUGUUACGUACCGCAUUGGGUUUUUCUACAUCCUUGGUGCCUUCCUGAUCGGCCUGAUUGUCGACCCCCGCAACAGUGACCUCGUGUCGGACAGCGGCAACGCGAACUCGGCGCCCUGGGUCAUCGCGAUCAAGCAGGCCGGCAUCGAGGCGCUGCCGUCCAUCGUCAACGCCUGUAUCUUGGUCUCAGCGUGGUCCGCGGGCAAUGCGUACUGCUGGGUUGGCAGCCGCAUGAUCGUCGCCAUGACGACGGACCACCAGCUCCCCCAAAUCUUCGGCCGCACCACCAAGCACGGCGUGCCCUACGUCGCCGUCAUCGUCGCCUGGCUCUUCGGCCCUCUCGCGUACCUCAGCCUCGGCUCCGGCGGCGCCUCGCAAGCCUUCACCUGGCUCCUCAACCUCAGCACCGUCGCCGGCCUCAUCGCGUGGGCGACGCUCUGCUUCUGCUACAUCCGCUUCCACCGGGCGAUGGCGGUGCAAGGCGUGCCGCGGGAGACGCUCCCCUGGCGCGCGCCGUGGCAGCCGUACGCGGCGUGGUACGGCUUCGUCGGCAGCGUCAUCAUCACGCUGGUCGCGGGCUUUCCCGUCUUCCUCAAGGGCAACUGGAACGCGGCCGAUUUCGUGGCGUCGUAUGUUGGAAUUCCGAUUUUUAUUGUGCCGAUUGUGUGCUGGAAGCUGUGGCAUAAGACGACGUUUGUGAGGGCGAAGAAUAUUGAUUUGUGGUCCGGACGCCUGCCGCCGGCGGAGAAGGUGGAGACGAAGGAGCCGGAGACGUUGUGGGAGAAGUUUGUGGAUUGGUUGGUGUAA